CAUGAGCCUGUGGGUGGACAAGUACCGGCCCAGCGCCCUCGGCAAGCUGGACUACCACCGAGAGCAGGCUGCGCAGCUCCGCAACCUGGUUCAGUGUGGUGACUUCCCUCAUCUGUUGGUGUAUGGACCAUCAGGAGCUGGAAAGAAGACAAGAAUAAUGUGUUUGUUAAGAGAAUUAUACGGUGCAGGAGUGGAAAAACUGAGGAUUGAGCAUCAGAGUAUAACGGCACCCUCUAAAAAGAAAAUUGAGAUUAGCACCAUUGCAAGUAAUUAUCACCUUGAAGUUAACCCAAGUGAUGCAGGAAACAAUGACCGUGUAGUAAUUCAGGAACUUUUGAAGACAGUAGCACAAUCUCAACAGCUUGAGACAAGUACUCAACGAGAUUUUAAAGUGGUGCUGUUAACAGAAGUCGACAAACUCACUAAAGAUGCUCAGCAUGCUUUGCGAAGAACAAUGGAGAAGUACAUGGCAACCUGCAGGUUGAUCCUGUGCUGCAACUCCAUGUCAAAAAUUAUAGGACCUAUUCAAAGCAGAUGCCUGGCUGUACGAGUGCCCGCUCCCAGCAUUGAAGAUAUCUGCCAUGUCUUGACCAGUGUGUGUAAGAAAGAAGGCCUGACUCUUCCGCCGGAACUGGCUCAAAGGCUUGCAGAGAAAUCUGGCAGGAAUCUUCGGAAAGCACUACUCAUGUGUGAGUCCUGCAGAGUACAACAGUAUCCUUUUACUGCUGAUCAAGACAUUCCUGAGAUGGACUGGGAAGUAUAUUUGAGAGAAACUGCAAAUGCUAUUGUUGGUCAACAGACACCACAAAGGUAG